AUGGAACCUAACAAUCAUGAGAAUGACGGGGGCGAGUGUGAUUGGAAGCCUAGAAUUCGCAUGACAUUUGAUACAGAACAAGAAGUAUAUGAUUUCUAUAAUAGUUAUGGAGGAAGGUUGGGCUUCAGUAUUAGAAGGGGUUAUGUAAACAAGAGCAAAGAGGGGCAAAUCACUUCAAGGCAAUUUGUUUGUAAUAAGGAGGGAUUUCGGGUUGUCGACAAGCGAGAUUCAUUAACAAAAAAUCCUAGGCAGGAAGUGAGGACCGGUUGUCAAGCCCGACUUGUUAUUAAGUGGGAUAGGAACAUACAGAAAUUUUUUGUUAGUGAUUUUGUUGAACAACAUAAUCAUAUCUUUGUACCAACAGAAUGUACGCAUAUGUUACCAUCCCAAAGGAAGAUAUCUGCAUCACAGGCAACCGAAAUAGAUUUAGCUGAAAAAUCUGGAAUCCGUCUUAAUGCUGCAUUUGAGCUCAUGGGUAAUGAAGUUGGUGGAAGGGAGUCACUUGGGUUCACAAAACUGGACCAAAAAAAUUAUUUGAGAACGAAGAGGCAAAACAGUUUAGCAUAUGGGAAGGUAGGUAGCAUUUUGCAAUAUUUUCGUGACAAAUCAUUGGAGAAUCCAUCUUUUUUUUACUCAGUCCAAUUAGAUAACAAGGAGCAGAUUACAAACAUAUUUUGGGCCGAUGCUCAGAUGAUCAUGGAUUAUGGGCAAUUUGGUGAUGUUGUGACUUUCGACACUACUUACAAGUUAAAUAGUGCACAUAGACCAUUUACGUCUUUUGUUGGAUUUAACCAUCAUAGGGAAACUGUGAUAUUUGGUGCAGCUUUGAUGUAUGAUGAGACCGCCGAUUCUUUCGUAUGGCUGUUUAGAAGAUUCUUGGAGGCAAUGUCAAGUAAGGCUCCAAAAACAAUUUUUACGGAUCAGGAUGCUGCAAUGGCUUUUUUAUUUUUAAGUGACUUGGCACAUUGA